UGCCCCCAUCCCUCUGUCCACCCCAUCGCAACCAUAGCCACCGAUGGUGCUGCAGGCGGUAUUGCACUUGGCAAUGCCAGCCUAGUCAAUGGUAGGUUGACCAGAACCUCCUUCCUGUCCUGCUACCCCCCGCUGGGUACCACUGCCUCCUCCCUCCUCCACCUCCUCCACCCCCCUCUCUGCCCACUCUCCUCCACCUCCUCCACCUCCUCCACCCCCCUCUCUGCCCACUCUCCUCCACCUCCUCCACCUCCUCCUCCCUCUCUGCCCACUCUCUUCCACCUCCUCCUCCUCCACCUCCCCCUCCUCCUCCCUAUCUGCCCACUCUCCUCCACCUCCUCCACCUCCUCUUCCCUAUCUGCCCACUCUCCUCCUCCACCUCCACCUCCUCCUCCCUCUCUGCCCACUCUCCUCCACCUCCUCCACCUCCACCUCCUCCUCCCUCUCUGCCACUCUCCUCCACCUCCUCCUCCCUAUCUGCCCACUCUCCUCCACCCUCCUCCACCUCCUUCUCCCUAUCUGCCCACUCUCCUCCACCUCCUCCACCUCCUCCACCUCCUCCUCCCUAUCUGCCCACUCUCCUCCUCCUCCUCCUCCUCCUCCACCUCCACCUCCUCCUCCCUCUCUGCCCACUCUCCUCCACCUCCUCCACCUCCACCUCCUCCUCCCUCUCUGCCCACUCUCCUCCACCUCCUCCUCCCUAUCUGCCCACUCUCCUCCACCUCCUCCACCUCCUCCUCCCUAUCUGCCCACUCUCCUCCACCUCCUCCACCUCCUCCACCUCCUCCUCCCUAUCUGCCCACUCUGCUCCUCCUCCUCCUUCUCCUCCUCCUCCUCCCUAUCUCCCCACCUUCUCUCCUUUAAUGCAUGUUAUUUUCCUGAGGAACAGUCUUCAUUUCUCUCUUCCUCCUUUUCUUUCCUUCUGUUAUUUGGGUUGAGUGACUGAGUAGGACUACCACAAUACAUCCAAUAUUAUGUAGGUAAGCAGUGAGGGGAUGAUCCGGUGGCUGCGUUGGAGGUUAGAGAGGAUGUUCGAUAAGGGGUUUAAUAAAGCCACAUUCUGUAAGUGUUCUCAGUGAUAUACUCUAUGUGUUGAAGAAGGUUGGGGUUGCCGGUUGCUAGCCAUGACUAGCAUGUCUUUACUAUCAUGGAAUGUGUAGGGGCUAAAUGUUCCUCAGAAAUGACUACUGGUUAUUCUCAGGGCAGGUCACAUAGUCGAUUACUAGUUUUCUGUGACUGAUAUCUGAAGUAGAUUAAUCUACCCCCAGGCUGCGUCCCAAAUACCACCCUAUUCCCUAUAUAGUACACUACUUUUUAACAGGACCCACAGGGAAACCAAGUAGUGCACUAUGUAGGGAAUAGGCUGCCAUUUGGGACGCAUCCAUUGUGUUGUGUACUGUUUGCUGCUCAGCUCACCCCCUGAUUGUCUAUCUCUCACUCUAUGGUCCUGACCUGUCUCUCUGCACUGCACUGCAGUGGUAAGCUCAGAUCCCCUGAUCGUCUGUUUCUCACAUUAUGGUCCUGACCUGUCUCUCUGCACUGCACUGCAGUGGUAAGCUCAGAUCCCCUGAUCGUCUGUUUCUCACAUUAUGGUCCUGACCUGUCUCUCUGCACUGCACUGCAGUGGUAAGCUCAGCUCCCCUGAUCGUCUGUUUCUCACAUUAUGGUCCUGACAUGCCUCUCUGCACUGCAGUGGCAGGUGAAUGGGGUAAAUGUCAUUUUCAGCAGCCUCGUUGUUUCCUCUGGGAAUGGAUCUGAUAUUGUUGUUGAAAUGAACUGAAUAGAGAUGUCCAUUACACUGACUCAGAAAGAAACAUUCUGAGUAUGAUGCAGAUGGUUAUAGAUAUGCAGGAGAUGCUCACUUGACAAGCGUUUCACUUUGUUUUCCUUUAGUAAUAUGCACCAAGGUAUUCAAUGUUUGCAUUUGGACAGAUAUUGUUUUGGUACAAUCAUUUGUUGGUAGGGUGUACCUUGAAAUAAAAGGUAAAGAAGUACAUGUAAAAAAUGAAUUGACAUAAGAAAUUAAAAAACGAAAAGUGUAUGUGUGUAGGAUCCAGUGGCUUUAAUGGUAGUCCUGUUGUCUAUCAGGCCCCUGGGUGGGAGGUAGUCCUGUAGUAUUUAUCUCUCUAGCGUUCCCCUGGGUGGGAGGUAGUCCUGUAGUAUUUAUCUCUCCAUCGUUCCCCUGGGUGGGAGGUAGUCCUGUAGUAUUUAUCUCUCCAGCGUUCCCCUGGGUGGGAGGUAGUCCUGUAGUAUUUAUCUCUCCAUCGUUCCCCUGGGUGGGAGGUAGUCCUGUAGUAUUUAUCUCUCCAUCGUUCCCCUGGGUGGGAGGUAGUCCUGUAGUAUUUAUCUCUCUAGCGUUCCCCUGGGUGGGAGGUAGUCCUGUAGUAUUUAUCUCUCCAUCGUUCCCCUGGGUGGGAGGUAGUCCUGUAGUAUUUAUCUCUCUAGCGUUCCCCUGGGUGGGAGGUAGUCCUGUAGUAUUUAUCUCUCCAUCGUUCCCCUGGGUGGGAGGUAGUCCUGUAGUAUUUAUCUCUCUAGCGUUCCCCUGGGUGGGAGGUAGUCCUGUAGUAUUUAUCUCUCCAGCGUUCCCCUGGGUGGGAGGUAGUCCUGUAGUAUUUAUCUCUCCAGCGUUCCCCUGGGUGGGAGGUAGUCCUGUAGUAUUAUCUCUCUAGCGUUCCCCUGGGUGGGAGGUAGUCCUGUAGUAUUUAUCUCUCCAGCGUUCCCCUGGGUGGGAGGUAGUCCUGUAGUAUUUAUCUCUCUAGCGUUCCCCUGGGUGGGAGGUAGUCCUGUAGUAUUUAUCUCUCUAGCGUUCCCCUGGGUGGGAGGUAGUCCUGUAGUAUUUAUCUCUCUAGCGUUCCCCUGGGUGGGAGGUAGUCCUGUAGUAUUUAUCUCUCCAGCGUUCCCCUGGGUGGGAGGUAGUCCUGUAGUAUUUAUCUCUCUAGCGUUCCCCUGGGUGGGAGGUAGUCCUGUAGUAUUUAUCUCUCUAGCGUUCCCCUGGGUGGGAGGUAGUCCUGUAGUAUUUAUCUCUCUAGCGUUCCCCUGGGUGGGAGGUAGUCCUGUAGUAUUUAUCUCUCUAGCGUUCCCCUGGGUGGGAGGUAGACCUGUAGUAUUUAUCUCUCCAGCGUUCCCCUGGGUGGGAGGUAGUCCUGUAGUAUUUAUCUCGCCAUCGUUCCCCUGGGUGGGAGGUAGUCCUGUAGUAUUUAUCUCUCCAGCGUUCCCCUGGGUGGGAGGUAGUCCUGUAGUAUUUAUCUCUCUAGCGUUCCCCUGGGUGGGAGGUAGUCCUGUAGUAUUUAUCUCUCUAGCGUUCAAUUCCUUCACUUCAAUUCCUCUCCUCCCUCAGUCUGACCUUGCAUGAGCAUUCUGACAUCACUGUUACACUGCAUGCUCUGUGUUGGUCGUGUGUGUGUGUGUGUGUGUGUGUGUGUGUGUGUGUGUGUGUGUGUGUGUGUGUGUGUGUGUGUGUGUGUGUGUUGUACUCUAUUUCCUCAUUGUGUGUGUUAACUCUGUGAAUCUGUACCUGUGUCUUGAUACCUCAUGAACUAUCUGAGUGGCUUUUCUCGUACUGUUGAUGUGUGGAACUCCCUGUAGUCUGUAUGUGAGUAUGUCACUCUUCAAAAUGAACACACCAGUGGAUAGAGAGGAGAUCUGAGCAGAGUCAGAUAGGUCUUACAGUUUACUCAACUACAGUAUAACAUGUCAAGUGAUUCUGUCUAUCAAUACAUCAUGCCCCAAAUAACAAUAGUUGCAUCAUGCUCAAAUCACUUUUUUUUAAAGUUCAUAGAAGUAAGCAGAAAAGGAUAUCUUAGACUGUGCUCAUCCGAACACAUAGCUACAGUACUUAAAUCAGACAAAAACAGCAAACAAAAAGUUUUACUGCAUCUUGCACUGUUUUUUUUUUUUUUUAAACUGCAAUUAUAAGAUACCCUUUAAGAAAAACGUUUUCGAUGAUGUUUUUUAUUUAAUUUUGUAGUGCUCUAGGUUCCUCUCUCAUGCGGUCUGUGCGUAUCUAACCUUAAGUAGCAGGCGUAUUACCAUGUUUCCGCGCCGAACUAGGUUGAAUAUUUGCUUAAUGAAAACUACAACUCCCUUUAGUCCAGCGUCCCACAUAGUUCUUGACUUGAUUUCUUUCGUGAAUGAUUUGAUUUCUCUCCGGAGAAACGGCGCAUUGGGCUCAUGAAUAAAAUAAAAUAAAUGUAAUUCAAGUAAUUGAAACCAACGUCGGUCAAUUAGUGGUUUAAUAAUCCCAAAAAAAUCAAACAAAAUGUCGGUUAAUCGCUCAGCACUAGCUUUAGGAGACCUUUCAAAAGAUGACAUUUCAAUAUUUACUGCAUAGUCACAUAAUUUGCAAAUCUAGUUUUAUUAUAAAUGAUCUACUUUGAUUGACAUUAUUUCCAAUAGUCACUCGCAAAGCCCAGGUAAAAACACAACAUUUUGCUAGCUUGUAACCACAAAUAAAAAAAUGACAUCCAAAAUUACCAUCCCCUACAGUAGAGCUUUACCUCAUUAAAAAAGCAGCUGUUCUGUUAUGUAUGUGACGGUCGUGACUAAUGUUCGAUGAAUAUUCAUGUUUCUGUCUUCCUGUUUAUUUAGAUUUCACUGUGUUGUCCUGGUGACGAUUGUGUGUUUGUUUACUGUCGGUCCUUUUUGUUCUGUGUCUCGUUUGUCUCCACCGUAGGUAAAAUGCAGGAUGGGAAUAUGGAGAACAACCAGACUAAAGGUAACCUAUUUUCAACUUUCCCCCCCUCCCCCCCUUAGUUUGGUCUGUGCUCUAACUAGGGUUGCAAAUUUCUGGUAACUUUCCAAAAAUUCACAGCUUUUCCAGAAAUAUUGGUUGGAAAAUUCUGGAUUUCAUGCUUAUUCCCUUCUGAAUCCGGGAAUAUUCAUUUUUUGGAAAACCUAGGAAUUUUGGGAAAGUUACCAUAAUUUUGCAAGCCCAGCUCUAACGAUCCUCUAACGUUCCCUUAACGCUGAGUCUCUAACGUUCCCUUAACGCUGAGUCUCUAACGUUCCCUUAACGCUGAGUCUCUAACGUUCCCUUAACGCUGAGUCUCUAACGUUCCCUUAACGCUGAUCUCUAACGUUCCCUUAACGCUGAGUCUCUAAACGUUCCCUUAACGCUGUCUCUAACGUUCCCUUAGCGCUGAGUCUCUAACGUUCCCUUAACGCUGAGUCUCUAACGUUCCCUUAACGCUGAGUCUCUAACGUUCCCUUAACGCUGAGUCUCUAACGUUCCCUUAACGCUGAGUCUCUAACGUUCCCUCAACGCUGAGUCCUAACGUUCCCUCAACGCUGAGUCUCUAACGUUCCCUCAACGCUGAGUCUCUAACGUUCCCUCAACGCUGAGUCUCUAACGUUCCCUUAACGCUGAGUCUCUAACGUUCCCUUAACGCUGAGUCUCUAACGUUCCCUUAACGCUGAGUCUCUAACGUUCCCUUAACGCUGAGUCUCUAACGUUCCCUUAACGCUGAUUCUCUCUAACGUUCCCUUAACGCUGAGUCUCUAAACGUCCCUUAACGCUGAGUCUCUAACGUUCCCUCAACGCUGAGUCUCUAACGUUCCCUUAACGCUGAGUCUCUAACGUUCCCUUAACGCUGAGUCUCUUAACGUUCCCUCAACGCUGAGUCCUAACAUUCCCUUAACGCUGAGUCCUAACGUUCCCUUAACGCUGAGUCUCUAACGUUCCCUUAACGCUGAGUCUCUACGUUCACUUAACGCGGAGUCUAACGUUCACUUAAAGUGAAAAUCAACGCUGAGUCUCUGACGUCCCUCAAUGCUGAGUCUCUGACGUUCCCUCAACGCUGAGUCCUCUGACGUUCCCUUAACGCUGAGUCUCUGACGUUCCCUUAACGCUGAUUCUCUGACGUUCCCUUAACGCUGAGUCUUAACGCUGAGUCUCUGACGUUCCCUUAACGCUGAGUCUCUAACGUUCCCUUAAACGCUGAGUCUCUAACGUUCCCUUAACCUGAGUCUCUAACGUUCCCUUAACGCUGAGUCUCUAACGUUCCCUUAACGCUGAGUCUCUAACGUUCCCUCAACGCUGAUCUCUAAACGUUCCCUUAACGCUGAGUCUCUAACGUUCCCUAAACGCUGAGUCUCUAACGUUCCCUUAACGCUGAGUCUCUAACGUUCCCUUAAACGCUGAGUCUCUAACGUUCCCUUAACGCUGAGUCUCUAACGUUCCCUUAACGCUGAGUCUCUAACGUUCCCUUAACGCUGAGUCUCUAACGUUCCCUUAACGCUGAGUCUCUAACGUUCCCUUAACGCUGAGUCUCUAAACGUUCCCUUAGAGCUGAGUCUCUAACGUUCCCUUAACCUGAGUCUCUAACGUUCCCUUAACGCUGAGUCUCUAACGUUCCCUUAACGCUGAGUCUCUAACGUUCCCUAACGCUGAGUCUCUAACGUUCCCUCAACGCUGAGUCUCUAACGUUCCCUCAACGCUGAGUCUCUAACGUUCCCUCAACGCUGAGUCUCUAACGUUCCCUUAACGCUGAGUCUCUAACGUUCCCUUAACGCUGAGUCUCUAACGUUCCCUUAACGCUGAGUCUCUAACGUUCCCUUAACGCUGAGUCUCUAACGUUCCCUUAACGCUGAGUCUCUAACGUUCCCUUAACGCUGAGUCUCUAACGUUCCCUCAACGCUGAGUCUCUAACGUUCCCUUAACGCUGAGUCUCUAACGUUCCCUUAACGCUGAGUCUCUAACGUUCCCUUAACGCUGAGUCUCUAACGUUCCCUUAACGCUGAGUCUCUAACGUUCCCUCAACGCUGAGUCUCUAACGUUCCCUCAACGCUGAGUCUCUAACGUUCCCUUAACGCUGAGUCUCUAACGUUCCCUUAACGCUGAGUCUCUAACGUUCCCUUAACGCUGAGUCUCUAACGUUCCCUUAACGCUGAGUCUCUAACGUUCCCUUAACGCUGAGUCUCUAACGUUCCCUUAACGCUGAGUCUCUAACGUUCCCUUAACGCUGAUUCCUCUAACGUUCCCUUAACGCUGAGUCUCCUGACGUUCUCUUAACGCUGAGUCUCUGACGUUCCCUUAAGCGCUGAGUCUCUGAACGUUCCCUUAACGCUGAGUCUCUAACGUUCCCUUAAACGCUGAGUCUCUAACGUUCCCUCAACGCUGAGUCUCUAACGUUCCCCUCAACGCUGAGUCUCUAACGUUCCCUCAACGCUGAGUCUCUAACGUUCCCCAACGCUGAGUCUCUAACGUUCCCCUCAACGCUGAGUCUCUAACGUUCCCUUAACGCUGAGUCUCUAACGUUCCCUUAACGCUGAGUCUCUACGUUCCCCUAACCGCUGAGUCUCUAACGUUCCCUUAACGCUGAGUCUCUAACGUUCCCCUUACGCUGAGUCUCUAACGCUGGUCUCUAACGUUCCCUCAACGCUGAGUCUCUAACGUUCCCUCAACGCUGAGUCUCUAACGUUCCCUUAACGCUGAGUCUCUAACGUUCCCUUAACGCUGAGUCUCUAACGUUCCCUCAACGCUGAGUCUAACAUUCCCUUAACGCUGAGUCUCUAACGUUCCCUUAACGCUGAGUCUCUAACGUUCCCUUAACGCUGAGUCUCUAACGUUCCCUUAACGCUGAGUCUCUAACGUUCCCUUAAUGCUGAGUCCUCUAACGUUCCCUUAACGCUGAGUCUCUAACGUUCCCUUAACGCUGAGUCCUCUAACGUUCCCUCAACGCUGAGUCUCUAACGUUCCCUUAACGCUGAGUCUCUAACGUUCCCUUAACGCUGAGUCUCUAACGUUCCCUUAAUGCUGAGUCUCUAACGUUCCCUUAACGCUGAGUCUCUAACGUUCCCUUAACGCUGAGUCUCUAACGUUCCCUUAACGCUGAGUCUCUAACGUUCCCUUAGCGCUGAGUCUCUAACGUUCCCUUAACGCUGAGUCUCUAACGUUCCCUUAACGCUGAGUCUCUAACGUUCCCUUAACGCUGAGUCUCUAACGUUCCCUUAACGCUGAGUCUCUAACGUUCCCUCAAUGCUGAGUCUCUAACGUUCCCCCAACGCUGAGUCUCUAACGUUCCCUCAAUGCUGAGUCUCUAACGUUCCCUCAACGCUGAGUCUCUAACGUUCCCUCAACGCUGAGUCUCUAACGUUCCCUUAACGCUGAGUCUCUAAUGUUCCCUUAACGCUGAGUCUCUAACGUUCCCUUAACGCUGAGUCUCUAACGUUCCCUUAACGCUGAGUCUCUAACGUUCCCUUAACGCUGAGUCUCUAACGUUCCCUUAACGCUGAGUCUCUAACGUUCCCUUAACGCUGAGUCUCUAACGUUCCCUCAACGCUGAGUCUCUAACGUUCCCUCAACGCUGAGUCUCUAACGUUCCCUUAACGCUGAGUCUCUAACGUUCCCUUAACGCUGAGUCUCUAACGUUCCCUCAACGCUGAGUCUAACAUUCCCUUAACGCUGAGUCUCUAACGUUCCCUUAACGCUGAGUCUCUAACGUUCCCUUAACGCUGAGUCUCUAACGUUCACUUAACGCUGAGUCUCUAACGUUCCCUCAACGCUGAGUCUCUGACGUUCCCUCAAUGCUGAGUCUCUGACGUUCCCUCAACGCUGAGUCUCUGACGUUCCCUUAACGCUGAGUCUCUGACGUUCCCUUAACGCUGAGUCUCUGACGUUCCCUUAACGCUGAGUCUCUGACGUUCCCUUAACGCUGAGUCUCUAACGUUCCCUUAACGCUGAGUCUCUAACGUUCCCUUAACGUUGAGUCUCUAACGUUCCCUUAACGCUGAGUCUCUAACGUUCCCUUAACGCUGAGUCUCUAACGUUCCCUCAACGCUGAGUCUCUAACGUUCCCUUAACGCUGAGUCUCUAACGUUCCCUUAACGCUGAGUCUCUAACGUUCCCUUAACGCUGAGUCUCUAACGUUCCCUUAACGCUGAGUCUCUAACGUUCCCUUAACGCUGAGUCUCUAACGUUCCCUUAACGCUGAGUCUCUAACGUUCCCUUACGCUGAGUCUCUAACGUUCCCUUAACGCUGAGUCUCUAACGUUCCCUUAACGCUGAGUCUCUAACAUUCUUCUGAGUUAACAUCCAAUCAGCCUGAUGUAAGUCUUGUCUGCAGUGUUGUUGUCACCGUCUGCAGUGUUGUGGCUGUCUCAAGGUCUCGCUCUUUCUCCUCUCUCUUCUCUCUCUCUCUCUCUCCUCCCUCUCUUUCUCUCUCUCCUCUCUCUCUCUCUCUCUCUCUCGAUCUCUCUCUCUCUCUCUCUCUCUCCUCUCUCUCCUCUCUCUCCCGUCCUCUCUCUCUCUCUCUCCUCUCUCUCUCUCUCUCUCUCUCUCUCUCUCGAUCUCUAUCGCUCUGUCUUUCUAUUUCUCGAUCUCUCUCUCUCUCUCUCGAUCUCUCUAACUCUCAUUUAGAGGUCAGUCUGCCCAGAUCUUGUUCCACUCACACUAUUCUUUGCAAAUAGCGUUCAUCAUGAAGGUUUUCCUGCUAGCUAGCAGAUACGUAAUGUACUUGGAAGUUACAGUAUGUUAAUAAUAGUUUGCAUUCACACAGGGCUCUCUCUGUACAGGGCUCUCUCUGCACAGGGCUCUCUCUGCACAGGGCUCUCUCUGUACAGGGCUCUCUCUGUACAGGGCUCUCUCUGCACAGGGCUCUCUCUGUACAGGGCUCUCUCUGCACAGGGCUCUCUCUGUACAGGGCUCUCUCUGUACAGGGCUCUCUCUGCACAGGGCUCUCUCUGUACAGGGCUCUCUCUGCACAGGGCUCUCUCUGUACAGGGCUCUCUCUGUACAGGGCUCUCUCUGCACAGGGCUCUCUCUGUACAGGGCUCUCUCUGUACAGGGCUCUCUCUGUACAGGGCUCUCUCUGCACAGGGCUCUCUCUGCACAGGGCUCUCUCUGUACAGGGCUCUCUCUGCACAGGGCUCUCUCUGUACAGGGCUCUCUCUGUACAGGGCUCUCUCUGCACAGGGCUCUCUCUGUACAGGGCUCUCUCUGUACAGGGUUUGUAUACAGGUUUUUCCAUUAGGGCUCAAAGUGCUUUACAUUGUACUGUGAUGAGGUAACCAAGGGCAAAUCGUUCUUCAAUUAUUAUUCUCCUGAAGAAUACUGAAUGUUUGUCUACAUGCAGAUACAAAUGUGAAGAUUCAAAUUAUUAAUUGAAAACAAAGGAUAUAUAUAUAUAUAUAUUAAAUGACUUUAGGAAGGAUGUUGAUUGACUGUUAUGAGCUGUAUCUUUUUAACCUUGGACAACAAUGUUUCUUAACCUGCUGAGAACAGUAUUUUGUUAAUUUGUCUUGUCUUGCACCGGAUCAAAAGUAUGACAUUCGCUGAACCUUUUUAACAACAAUUCUCUUUCAAACUCUUUUGGUGUUUUGGUGUUAUUUGAAUUGUGGAUCUUUGCUUUAAAAUGUUGAACUACACUUGUUUUUCCUGACUAGUUCAGUUAACUAGAAUGACCACUUCUUCAGACAGUUGUGGUGAGAGGUUAAAGGCAAUGAAAUAUAAAUGUAUCGAAGAUACAUUAAAUCACACCACUGUCUCUGUUGGGCGAUGCUUAAGAGCACCACUGGUUUCGAUAACGUGUUUUACAUAAAUGGAUGGACUCGACCUAAGUUGUGGUCUUUCCUAUAGCAUAGGCCACAGGAUCAACCUAAGUUGGGGGUCCUUCCUAUAUAGAACAGACCACGGGGACACAUCCCAUAAUGAUCACUGUUCCUGUGGUCGUUUCAGUGAAGAAGCAGGACGGGGCGGCUGCCAUGGAGAUGCAGCCUCUGAAGAGCGCGGAGGGAGGAGAGAUGGAGGAGAAGGAGAAGAAGAAAGCAAACGUCUCCAAAAAAGAGAAGUCUGUCCUCCAGGGGAAACUGACCAAGCUAGCUGUUCAGAUCGGCAAAGCAGGUACGGCAGGAUCAGUCAACAUGAUAAAUUAUAUAUUUCUAUAAAAAAAAUAAAAAAUAAGUCAUGUCAAAUCACUCAAUAUGGUUUGAGUGAUUUGUUUUGUACACUGAGUGACAUAGACUCACCAGGUGAAUCCAGGUGAAAGCUAUGAUUCCCUUAUUGAUGUCACUUGUUAAAUCCACUUCAAAUCAGUGUAGAUGACGGGGAGGAGACGGGUUAAUGUUUUGUACGCUCAGUGUACGACUAGGGCUGUUGCGGUGACCGUAUUACCGCCACACCGGCAGUCAUGAGUCGUGACCGCAGUCAAAUUCCAUGUGACCUUUGUGACACAGUAAUCUCCUCCUGUUCUGCUCCCUGAAUGGCGCUGAUGCGUUGGUACUCGCUAUCGACCUGAAUGGCCCUGGUACUCAGCGCUCUAUUGUCCCUCUAAACACUCUUAACAUCAAUGCAAAUGCAAUCAAAAAAAUCACUUCAAAAAACAGUUAAUUGACUGAAUUGGAAUAAUCUGAAUGAUGAGUAUGACUGGUGAUGAGAGUGCAACAUGUUAAUCAAUGGCGGUCUAAUUAUUUUGGGUGGGUGUGGGGGGUAUCAUGCUUUUAAACCCACCGUACGAACAGCCUACAUCGUUUGACCUCACUGUGAUUGAUCAAUCUGAAGUACGAAGUUCAACAACAGGCUGAAACUGAAUAUAAAACGUGGUCGUUGUGGAUCUUGUUUCAAAGCCUGACACAACGAAAUGGACAGCGCUUUCUAAGGUGAUAAAAGCAUUUAAAGACGUCGCCAUGUAGAAUACCCAUACGCAUGUACACUCAUCGGCCAGUUUAUUAGGUACGCCACCCCCCGUUCACGGAACUGGAUCGCGCCUACAGACAGUGAGUCACGUGGCCGUGGCUUGCUAUAUAAAGCAGGCAGACAGGCAUCGAGGCAUUCAGUUACUGUUCGAUUGAACGUUAUAAUGGGAAAAAUUAGAGACCUAAGUGACUGAGUGUGGUAUGGCACGGCAAGAAUCGUGCAAGCUAACAGGCGGGCCACAAACAGCUAAGAGGAGGAGCCCAGGAUUAAUGCAGGGGCCUCAAAGUCCCCAAAAGGAACAAGGAAAAUGAAGCACCAGCAAAAAAAAAAGUAUACAUUAUACAGUGUACAGUAUACAUUAUACAGUGCAUUAUACAGUAUACAUUAUACAGUGCAUUAUACAGUAUACAUUAUACAGUGCAUUAUACAGUGCACAUUAUACAGUGCAUUAUACAGUAUACAUUAUACAGUGCAUUAUACAGUGUACAGUAUACAUUAUACAGUGUACAGUAUACAUUAUACAGUGCAUUAUACAGUAUACAUUAUACAGUGCAUUAUACAGUGUACAGUAUACAUUAUACAGUGUACAGUAUACAUUAUACAGUGCAUUAUACAGUGUACAGUAUACAUUAUACAGUAUACAUUAUACAGUGCAUUAUACAGUGUACAGUAUACAUUAUACAGUGUACAGUAUACAUUAUACAGUAUACAUUAUACAGUGCAUUAUACAGUGUACAGUAUACAUUAUACAGUGUAUAGUAUACAUUAUACAGUGCAUUAUACAGUGCAUUAUACAAUGUACAGUAUACAUUAUACAGUGUACAGUAUACAUUAUACAGUGUACAGUAUACAUUAUACAGUGCUUUAUACAGUGUACAGUAUACAUUAUACAGUGUACAGUAUACAUUAUACAGUAUACAUUAUACAGUGCAUUAUACAGUGUACAGUAUACAUUAUACAGUGUAUAGUAUACAUAAUACAGUAUACAUUAUAAAGUGUACAGUAUACAUUAUACAGUGUAUAGUAUACAUUAUACAGUAUACAUUAUACAGUGCAUUAUACAGUGUACAGUAUACAUUAUACAGUGCUUUAUACAGUGUACAGUAUACAUUAUACAGUGCAUUAUACAGUAUACAGUAUACAUUAUACAGUGCAUUAUACAGUGUACAGUAUACAUUAUACAGUGUACAGUAUACAUUAUACAGUGCAUUAUACAGUAUACAUUAUACAGUGCAUUAUACAGUAUACAUUAUACAGUGCAUUAUACAGUGUACAGUAUACAUUAUACAGUGUACAGUAUACAUUACACAGUGUACAGUAUACAUUAUACAGUAUACAUUAUACAGUAUACAGUAUACAGUAUACAGUGUACAGUGUACAGUAUACAUUAUACAGUGUACAGUAUACAUUAUACAGUGUACAGUAUACAUUAUACAGUAUACAUUAUACAGUGCAUUAUACAGUGUACAGUAUACAUUAUACAGUGUAUAGUAUACAUAAUACAGUAUACAUUAUACAGUGUACAGUAUACAUUAUACAGUGUAUAGUAUACAUUAUACAGUAUACAUUAUACAGUGCAUUAUACAGUGUACAGUAUACAUUAUACAGUGCAUUCGGACCCAAACCAAAACGUCCCAUUUUUCCACAUUUUGUUACGUUACAGCCUUCUUCUAAAAUUGAUUAAAUUAAUUGUUUUCCUUAUCAAUUUACACACAAUACCCCAUAAUGACAAAAGCGAAAACAGGUUUUUAGAAAUGUUUGCAAAUAUAUUUUAAAAAACAAACAGAAACACCUUAUUUACAUAAAUAUUCAGACCCUUUGAUAUGAGACUCGAAAUUGAGCUCAGGUGCAUCCUGUUUCCAUUGAUCAACCUUGAGAUGGUUCUACAAUUUACAUUUUAGUCAUUUAGCAGACGCUCUUAUCCAGAGCGACUUACAGUUAAUGAGUGCAUACAUUAUUUACUUAUUUUUUCAUACCCCCCGUGGGAAUCGAACCCACAACCCUGGCGUUGCAAACGCCAUGCUCUACCAACUGAGCUACAUCCCUGCCGGCCAUUUCCUCCCCUACCCUGGACGACGCUGGGCCAAUUGUGCGCCGCCCCAUGGGUCUCCUGGUCGCGGCCGGCUACGACAGAGCCUGGAUUUGAACCAGGAUCUCUAGUGGCACAGACCACUGCGCCACUCGGGAGGCCAACUUGAUUGGAGUCCACCUGUGGUGAAUUCAAUUGAUUGGACAUGCUUUGGAAAGGCACACACCUGUCUAUAUAAGGUCCCACAGUUGACAGUGCAUGUCAGAGAAAAAACCAAGCCAUGAGGUCGCAGGAAUUGUCUGCAGAGCUCAGAGACAGGAUUGUGUCGAGGCACAGAUCUGGGGAAGGGUACCAAAAUAUUUCUGCACCAUUGAAGGUCUUACUAGAUCUAGCCGCCCGGCCAAACGGAGAGGGCCUUGGUCAGGGAGGUGACCAAGAACCCGAUGGUCACUCUGACAGAGCUCCAGAGUUCCUCUGUGGAGAUGGGAGAACCUUCCAGAAGGACAACCAUCUCUGCAGCACUCCACCAAUCAGGCCUUUAUGGUAGAGUGGCCAGACGGAAGCCACUCCUCAGUAAAAGGCACAUGACAGCCCACUUGGAUUUAGCCAAAAGGCACCUAAAGGACUCUCAGACCAUGAGAAACAAGAUUCUCUGGUCUGAUGAAACCAAGAUUGAACUUUAGCUUGAAUGCCAAGCGUCAGAUUUGGAGGAAACUUGGCACCAUCCCUACGGUGAAGCACAGUGGUGGCAGCUGUGGGGAUGAUUUUCAGCGGCAGGGACUGGGAGACUUGUCAGGAUCGAGGGAAAGAUGAACGGAGCAAAGUACAGAGAGAUCCUUGAUGAAAACCUGCUCAGGACCUCAGACUGGGGUGAAGGUUCACCUUCCAACAGGACAACAACCCUAAGCACACAGACAAGACAACGCAGGAGUGGCUUCGGGACAAGUCUCUGAAUGUCCUUGAGUGGCCCAGCCAGAGCCCGGACUUGAACCCGAUCGAACAACUCUGGAGAGACCUGAAAAUAGCUGUGCAGCGACGCUCCCCAUCCAACCUGACAGAGCUUGAGAGGAUCUGCAGAGAAGAAUGGAGAAACUCCCCAAAUACAGGUGUGCCAAGCUUGUAGCAUCAUGCCAAAGAUGCUUCAACAUAAUACUGAGUAAAGGGUCAGUUUUUUAUUUUUGAUAAAUGUGCUAAAUGUUCUAAAAACCUGUGUUUGCUUUGUCAUUAUAGGGUGUUGUGUGUAGAUUGCUGAGGAACAUGUUUUAUUUAAUCAAUUUUAGAAGGCUGUAACGUGACAAAAUGUGGAAAAAGUGAAGGGGUCUUAAUACUUUCCUAAUGCAAUGUGUAUAAUCUCUAAUCCACAUAAUGUAUCUCUAUGUGGCAGAUAUAGAUUAGAUCAAGCAGACAUUCUGAGAUGGAUUAAAUCACAGACGGAAGUGUAGGAGUAGAUGUGUAAUGCGGUAAAUCAAAAUCGCAGAAAUAAAUCUAUUAUUCACAAAGUAGUUGCACUGCUGCUGUGCUGUUGAUUUCUGAAGAUAAAAGUUUGAAAUAAAUAUUUCAUAUCAUGUAAGUCAAAAGAAGCCAGCCAUCUUGCACUUUCAUCUGUUUACAACUACAGUAAAAGCAGCCAUUUCCUUGUCCAGGUCUGGUGAUGUCAGCCAUCACAGUGAUCAUCCUCGUGCUGUACUUCGCUGUGGACAACUUUGUCCUGCAGAAGAGGCCGUGGCUGACGGAGUGCACCCCCAUCUAUGUCCAGUACUUUGUCAAGUUCUUCAUCAUCGGUGUCACCGUGCUGGUGGUGGCUGUGCCUGAGGGUCUGCCCCUGGCCGUCACCAUCUCCCUGGCCUACUCUGUCAAGGUAAACACACACAUCCCUGGCCGUCACCAUCGCCCUGGCCUACUCUGUCAAGGUAAACACACACACACACACACAUACACACACACACACACACACACACAAACACAUACAAACACACACACACACACACACACAGACACACACACACACACACACUGGCUGUCACCAUCUCCCUGGCCUACUCUGUCAAGGUAAACACACACACACACACACACAUACACACACACAAACACAUACAAACACACACACACACACACACAGACACACACACACACACACUGGCUGUCACCAUCUCCCUGGCCUACUCUGUCAAGGUAGAGAAAAAAGCAAGCUUUCUAUCUUUAUAUACAAAAUAAAAUAUAUAUUUUUGGGGCAAAUUUCCACUACUACUCUGUCAAAGUAUACUUUUAAAAAACUAUUAUCUGAUGUGUUGCAGCACUAAAAACUAUUAUCUAAUGUGUUGCAGCACUAAAAACUAUUUAACAAGAACCUCUACCUGUACAAUCUCUGUGACUAAUUACUGCUGGCAGACGAUGUUGCACAUAUCGCGACAAAUUAUAUUUUUAGUGCUGGCUGUGUCUCCCUUCAUUGCCUCUGAGGGGAUAAAUAAAGAUAUAUUGAAUUGUAACAAAGCUAAAACCUCCAACAUGGUUGAUAUUUCAUCCUCAGAAAAUGAUGAAAGAUAAUAAUCUGGUCCGCCACCUGGAUGCAUGUGAGACGAUGGGUAAUGCUACGGCUAUCUGCUCCGACAAGACUGGCACGUUGACCACCAACCGCAUGACGGCCGUGGCGUGUUACGUGGGGGAUGUCCACUACAAGGAGAUACCGGACCCUGGACUUCUGUCUGUCAAGUCUCUGGAUAUCCUUGUCAACGCCAUCUCCCUCAACAGCGCCUACACCACCAAGAUACUGGUAAGAACCUAUCACACUAUAUACUAUACUAACAAGAUACUGGUAAGAUACUGAGAUACUACACCAACAACAUACUGAGAUACUGAGAUACUACACCAACAACAUACUGAGAUACUGAGAUACUACACCAACAACAUACUGAGAUACUACACCAACAACAUACUGAGAUACUGAGAUACUACACCAACGACAUACUGAGAUACUACACCAACAACAUACUGAGAUACUGAGAUACUACACCAACAACAUACUGAGAUACUACACCAACAACAUACUGAGAUACUACACCAACAACAUACUGAGAUACUGAGAUACUACACCAACAACAUACUGAGAUACUACACCAACAACAUACUGAGAUACUACACCAACAACAUACUGAGAUACUACACCAACAACAUACUGAGAUACUACACCAACAACAUACUGAGAUACUACACCAACAACAUAUGAGCUACUACAACCAACACCAACACAAUACUGAGAUACUACACCAACAACAUACUGAGAUACUACACCAACAACAUACUGAGAUACUACACCAACAACAAACUGAGCUAGCUUAAUAACAAGCUAACCUCAGAACAAGCUAGCCUCAGAACAAGCUAGCAUCAUAACAAGCUAACCUCGGAACAAGCUAACCUCGGAACAAACUAGCCUCAAAACAAGCUAGCACAGUGUACAUUUUAGGAAACCUGUAGCCUCAUCUAGGAGCCUCAGAACUCCAAGCUGCAGUUCUACCAGGCCUUAAAACUUGGC